AUGGCUGUCGCCCUGAGCACCAUCCUCUACGGCCUGCUCACGCUCGUCCUCAUUAGCGUGAUCGCGCACACCGCCCAACAAAUCCUGCUGCCCAAUCGCUCGCGACCACCCACGGUUUUCUCCCUCUUCCCUUUGAUCGGCAGUACAGUCUCCUACGGCGCCGAUCCAUAUGCGUUUUUCUUCGCUUGCCGCGCCAAGUAUGGCGACAUUUUCACCUUCACGCUUCUUGGCAUGAAAGUCACGGUCUACCUUGGCGCUGAUGGCAACAAUUUUAUCCUCAAUGGGAAGCAUCGCGAUUUGAAUGCGGAGGAAGUGUACGGGCCGUUGACUAUUCCCGUGUUCGGCAAGGGUGUGGUGUAUGAUGUGCCGAAUGAGCGGUUUAUGGAACAGAAGAAGUUUCUGAAGGAGGGUUUCACGGGUGGGAGAAUGCGGAAGAUGGUGCCUCUGUUCGUGAAGGAGACGGAGCUGUUUCUUGAGUCUAGUCCCGAGUUCAGAGGUAAGACGGAUGGUGGUGCGAUCGACAUCUCGUCGGUGCUUUCGGAGAUUUCCCUGUACGCGGCAUCGGGCAGUCUGCAAGGAAAGGAGGUGCGCGCAUUGUUCGAUUCAAGCUUCGCGACCGUAUACAGGCAUCUCGACGACGGAUUUGCGCCCGUCAACUUCAUGCUGCCUGGACUACCGAUACCCAUCAACUGGAGGCGAGAUCGUGCGCAAAAGACCAUGCAGCAGUUCUAUCUGGAUAUCAUUCGUAAACGGCGGGAGCAGGAGACAGAGCAGGAGAAUGCCACCAAACCAGAACACGACGAAGAGAAAGCAGACAUGAUCUCCGCCUUGCUCCACGCGACCUACAAGGAUGGAACGCCGUUGUCCGACCCAGAACUUGCAAACCUGAUGAUCGCCCUCCUCAUGGGCGGCCAGCACAACACCGCCGCGUCAGGCACAUGGAUCAUGCUGCACCUCGCGCACCAACCACAGCUCAUCGAAGAGCUCUACGCUGAACAGGCCGCCGUACUGGGCCCUGACCGAGUGCUCACAUUCGAUGCCAUUCCCAACCUGAAACUGCACAACAACGUCAUCAAAGAGACCCUCCGUCUGCACAGUCCGAUUCACAGCAUUAUGCGCAAGGUGAAACGCGACAUGCCCGUUCCCGGCACCGACACGGUAGUACCCAAAGGCCACAUCCUUCUCUCCGCGCCCGGUGUGCCUAGUCGACAGGCUGAGUUCUUCCCUGAUCCGCUGAAGUGGGAUCCGAGGAGGUGGGAUGACCCAACAAUGCUAGAGCGUAUCAAUGCUGCUGCUGCCAGUGGUGGAGCGAGCGGAGAAGGCGGGGUUGCAUCAUCGCCAUACCUGCCCUUCGGUGCCGGACGACAUCGGUGUGUGGGCGAGACGUUCGCGUACGCGCAGCUGUUGGGGAUUGUGGCGACGUUGGUGCGGCGAGUGAAGUGGGAGCAGGUCGAUCCUGAUGCGGAUGUGCCGAAGACGGAUUACAGCAGUAUGUUCAGUCGGCCUGUGCACCCGGCUAGAGUGAUGUGGUCCUGGCGGGAGACGUGA